AACGGCGCCCGAGAGGCGGAAGCGAAGCACCGCUGUUACCCAAGAUGGCGGCGCCCAGGCGCGGCGUGGCUGGGGGCAGGAUGAAGCGGGCGGCCGGCCGCGCUCGCCGCGGCGACGGGAAGCUGGACAGGCUGCGGUUGGCGGUGCGGGAAUUCGUGCAGGCGGCCGGGGACCAGCCGCCGCCGCCGCACCCGCUGAAAGGUUCGGAGAGGCCGAGCGGAAAGAACCGGCGGGACGCGAGGAAGGAGAAGCGCAGGCUGAAGCGGAGCCGCCGCCGCCUCCUCCGACGCGGAGACACGGGGGACAUCCCUGCCGCUGCGGCCCGGCCGGCUCCCGCUGCCCGUCCCACGGCUCCGGCCUCGUCCGCCGCCACCGAGAAAAAGCAGCCGGAACCGCCGCGACAGAAGAAGAAACCGGCCCCAAAAGCGUCGCGGCCAUCGGUGGCGGCCCCGCGGCCGUCCGCAGCCGCUUUGUCGAGGAAACGGGCGCUGCUGGAGGCCAACGAGGAGGAGGACAGGGAGAUCCGGCGCCUGGAGCGGCAGCUGAGGCUCGGCAAGCGCCGCAGGAAGAAGGGGGAGGCUGCGUCCGAGGAGCUGCCGCAGAGCUUCCUGCGAGACGGGCUGGGCUACGUGCUGGGCGCCCUGGGCUCCGGCGCCGGCCUCGCAGGGCUCUGCCAGAGCAGCGACGAGGAGGAAGACCGGGAGCCGGGGGGGCGCGGUGAGGACCCUGAGAAGACUGAGGAGGACCCUGAGAAGACUGAGGAGGACCCCGAGGAGCUGGUGGAGGCCUCUGACGACUUCGAGGGGUCAGAUGGGGAAGGGCGGUGGGACAGUGAGAGCUUGUCCCGCGAGGACGGCCGGGUGCCUGACAGAAGUGAGGCCUCGGACCCAGAGGAGGAAGAGCAGGAGGAUCGUAAUCACAGUGCUACAAAGUACAUUCCCCCUCAAGUGAGAAAAGCUCAGGAGGCUGUCGAUGGCAAGAAGAAAGAAGAAUUGGAAAGACUAAAGAAAAUGGUGAAUGGUCUCAUUAAUAGGUUGAGUGAGCCAAAUUUGUCCUCCAUCAGUGGACAGCUGGAAGAGCUCUACAUGGCCAACAGCAGAAAGGACAUGAAUGAAACUCUAACAAGUAUCCUUAUGAAUGCUUGUGUUACUGCAGUUGCCAUGCCUGCAAGACUGAUGAUGGAACAUGUCCUUUUGGUCAGCGUUCUUCACCAUACAGUAGGAACUGAGGUCGGCGCUCACUUUUUGGAAGCUGUGGUGAAGAAAUUUGAUGAACUCAGUCGCAGUGAUGCUGAAGGGAAAGAAUGUGAAAAUCUGCUUGCCUUGGUCGCCCAUCUUUAUAACUUUCAUGUAGUUCAUUGCCUGCUGAUCUUUGAUAUUCUGAAGAAACUUGUUAGCAGUUUCACUGAAAAAGAUAUUGAACUCAUUUUGUUUCUUCUGAAAAACGUGGGCUUUUCCUUGAGAAAAGAUGAUGCAUUGGCUUUGAAGGACUUGAUCAGUGAAGCCCAGGGCAAAGCAAACGCAGCAGAGAAGAAACUUAAGGAUCAGACUAGGGUUCGUUUUAUGCUAGAGACCAUGUUGGCACUGAGGAAUAAUGACAUGCGUAAGAUUCCUGGUUAUGAUCCUCAACCCGUUGAAAAACUCCGCAAAUUGCAAAGAACGUUGAUUCACAGCAGUAGUUCUGGAAAAGAAACACAGCUCCGUGUCUCCCUGGAGUCCCUCCUCAACGCAGAUCAGGUUGGUCGCUGGUGGAUCAUAGGCUCAUCCUGGAGUGGAGCACCAAUGAUCAAUAACACAGACAGCAAGACUCAGCAAAAAUUGCAUAUUGGAAAGGUGAGUUCAAAGAUAAUGGAGCUUGCUCGUAAGCAGAGGAUGAACACUGAUAUCAGAAGAAGUAUUUUCUGUGUACUGAUGACAAGUGAAGACUUCAUGGAUGCCUUUGAAAAGCUACUUAAGCUUGGGUUGAAAGAUCAGCAGGAGAGAGAAAUUGUUCACGUUGUCCUUUAUUGCUGCUUACAGGAGAAGACAUAUAACCCCUUCUAUGCAUUUUUGGCUAGCAAACUUUGUGGAUUUGAAAGACGAUUUCAGGUGACAUUUCAGUUUAGUAUUUGGGACAAAAUCAGAGAUUUGGGAAACCUGUCAGCCAGUGCCAUCUCUAAUUUGGUAUCACUGUUGGUUCACUUACUAAGGACAAAGUCAUUGCCACUUUCAGUUCUCAAGGUAAUUGAAUUUGGUGAUCUAGAUAAACCCAAAGUCCGUUUCUUGCGACAAGUACUAAGCACGCUGUUAGUCAGAAUUGAUGAUGACGACAUUAAUGAUAUUUUUGGGAGGAUAUCUGACAAUCCCAAACUGGGAAUGCUACGGGAAGGCUUGAAAUUGUUCCUUACCCACUUCUUACUGAAAAAUGCACAAGUCCAAAACAGCGAUGAAGAAACUGGCUUGUUAAAAGACAGAGCGGAACUUGCAAGCAGAGCUUUGCAAGCAAAAGAAUCCAAAUUCAAACUGUAGUUCUGUUUAUCAAGUAAAACGUGCAGAAAAACUAGGUUUGCAUGUAGCUGCCGAGCUUUAGUCUUUCAGACCCUAAUUAUUGGGAAUGAGGAGAGGCUUGUAUCCAUUUUUGUGAUGGAAACUGUGCUCAGCACACUAGUUACUGGAGUAACUGAAGGCGAUACAAGGUGUUUCUGAAGAGAGGGAAAAUGUGGUGGGUUUUUUGUCAUGUCCCUUUAAGUAUGGGUACUUCGUGUAGACAAGUAUCUGGAGAAGAGGUUGGAUUCUAUUGUGUUGUAUUCCUGGUCAUCAGUAGUGUUCAGCAGUGCAUAUUUCAGGCUUUCAGGAGACUGACCACUGUAUGUUAAACAGCCUUAACCACAGGCUGCUUAACCUACUACUAGUGCAUUUUUGUGAAGGAGUGAGCCACUAGAUGGCACAAGUACUGAUGAGUCAGUUGGGGAACACUUUUUUCUUGAAGUGUUGAAUUGAUCAGCUAAUUCUGUGAAUUGUUGUAGUAAAAAGACUUGGGGAUCUGACUUUGCCCAGUUAUGUUGGGUGUACAGAUUAUACAGUUUUAUGCUCCUUUAACCUGUUUUACUCAGCUAUAAAAUUGGAGUUACCAGUCUUAUUAUUUGUGCUGAUCAGAUUUUCUAGGCAUGAAUGAUAGUAGUCUUUUAGUAAGGGAGUAUCUUCUUUAAGGGUUUGUUUCCACUUCCCAUUCAAAUGCCUUACAAAUUUGUGUAUGUUUCUUUGUGUAACACUCAGAUUAUUUUGUCACCCCACAACUACACAUGAAACUGAUUUUCUGAAGUGUUCUGCUGUUCAUUUUGUCUUUAUUCCAGCAGGGGAGUGACCUGAAAUGUGGGAGGCACUCCCUAAGUUCGUAGUAAGUACUGUGUUUACCUGUAUGAGGGCUGCCAGCUUAAUUUCUAUGGUGGUCUUGCCCCAAGCUGCUCAGCAGACCCAUCAGUUACAGUGCUUCCUAAUUCCAUUUGUUACCACUGAUUUGUUCUCUUUCUUUGGAUCUGUUCCCAUUGGGAAAAUUUUCUCCCAGAAGGCAUCUGCAAGGAAGUCUUGAGUUCUGCAGCAAAUUAGCAUUACAAGAACAUUUCUUCUUGUUUUUAAUUGGAGCUGAAUGUGGAAUUUUUUGCUUGGUGUGAGACACACUUUUGGGAGGAGGUCUGCAUCUCCCAGCAGGGAGGUGUUUUUCUGGCCUUCCUCUUCUGGGGGCAGACUGGUUAAAGGUUAUCCUGGGAUUGGAGAGACUCAGUUUCAAAAUCACAGAUUAUGCUUGCACACAGUUUACAAAUAAGAGAUAACUAAAAAAAAAUGAGCAAAGUAAGAUGCUUUUUUUAGCCCGAUUCAGACCGCUGGCAGCUUUAACCACUUAGAAUGCACAUUUUUGCUCAAUUGGGUCUUAGAUGCAAAAGAAGGAAAAGUAUGAAGUCUUUCCAAAAUCCAUACUAAUUAGAAGAAGUGUUUUGGUGGACUGUGUGACGCAGAAGGCAGAAUGCUGAGGUGUCCCCAUAAACAGCACCUUUGCAAACAACUGUGGUAAACCUGGUCAAGUUUUGGAGGCUGGGCAUGGGAGAAAAUCCGUGCAAGCCUCUAGAAAUUGUGUCUGCUGUGGAAUGCAUGGGACACAGGUAAAAAGUCACUCCCUCUGGGCCGCAGCAGCCACCCAAUUAAUUACCUUUUUGCAGGGAUUGAGGGUCCAGCAUUUCAACUUGUUUGUGGUUUAAUAGCAUACAGUGCAUUGCUCUAAGAAGGUGGUUGAGGCAGCUUUGCUCUUGAAGGCAGAUCUCGAUCCAUCUCCCUGGAAUUCAAUGCAGCAGGCUGUCCUGCUUGUGUGCCUCACUCGGUGAUCAGAACUGAGCACCACUGCCUGUGGAAACACUGCCUGGUGUUUUAUGGGUCUGAGCCCAUUCCCUCACUGCAGCUGGCUGAGGCGGUGCAGGUGUUGCUGUGCAAUUAGAGGAGAUGUCUUUAACCUUACAGUCUAAAAUUACAAUUGCUAUUUUUUUUUAAAGCAUACUUGCCUUAUUAUUUAUGUUGAACAUCUAUUGUGUUUUGUUCUAACUCACAGCUAUUGCUUUCUUUCUGAAGGAAGCAGACUUUACCUGCCUGCAGCAUCACAUUUAUGCACAAACAUAAAUUUUUUUUCCUAAAAACUGAAUGUCCAAGGAAAGCAGCCAAAAUCCACUGCAUCCUGAGGCGGUAAGGCACAUGUGGAAAGGAAAGCUGAGAUGAUAAUACAUUUCUUUUAAACCCUGGAGGAAAAAAAACAUCCCCAGCAAAGGCAGCCCUGCCAGCAUGCCUCCUCUUAUGGCUGGGCUCAGCCCCUAUAACAGCAACAAGCCUGAGCUGGCAGACAGCUCCCUGCAGAACUGCAGGAUGAACAUAAGGAAAGAAGCUAGGAAGUGUAUGACAGCUUUGAUACUUCCUGCUUUGUCUACCACAGGGUAGAUGCUCAGCAGCACAUGUACAAAAUGCAUCUUGCAGACAGUCAUAGAACGAGCUGGGAGGGACACUUAGAGCUCUUAAAGGUCAUCUGGUCCAACUCCCUGCAGUGAGCUCCACCUACAGCUCCAUCAGGUGCUCAGAGCUCCAUCCACUCUGACCUUGAGUGUCUCCAGGGAUGGUGCAUCCAACACCUCUCUGGGCAACCUGUGCCAGUGCUUUACCACCCUUACUGUAGAAAGAGACUUUUAGAGAAGCUUUCCUGCAGGCAAACUCCUGUAAGAAAUGUUCCCUUUUUCAUACUAAGAAAGAUGCUGCAGAAUUCUUAAUGAAGCAGAAGAGGGCUUUGAAUUGAUAUAAAUAUCCCAUACCGGAAAGGUGAGCAGCUGCACCAAUCCUUACAUGUGACAAGCUGGUGGAAAACAGUGGGAUUUGCAUUAGGUGCCUUUAGCUGCUAGCCGGAUGCUUAGGGUUUUUUUGUUUUUGUUUUUAGGUAUACAGCAGAAAGUUUCCCACUUAAAACUGCGCAGUAGUACCCCCUCACAGCUAUUAUCACUGCUUCAGUUGUUGUUUUCUUUUAAGCUGACCAGUGAUGUUUUUCCCUUUCUCUGUUUUUUGUAUCAAUAUUAACAGGGCAGUAAAGUCUGGUUUUCAGCUUUG